GAUGGGUGUCCAUGAUAAGACCGCUACCCAUCUGAUUCUUCUUGUUCUCAACUGAGCUUCUCUGGGUUAGGGAGAGUUUCUGAUGUGGGAGAGAGGAGGCUCUCUUGGAGGAGAGAGCCUGCCUGAGAGGACCUGGAAGCGUCGUUUCAGUGCUCAUAGAGAGUGCCCAAGGCUCUAGUUGUUAUUCCCCCCUUGUAGUUCUUUCAAUCUUCCGUUGCUCUGCUUUGUUUGUUUGUUUUUUUUUUUUUUGUGAAAUCUUUUACCUUUGGUUUUUGGGUUUUUUUUCUGGGUUGGAUACAUAUAUGGCGCUCUCGAUUAAGGAGUCUAAACAGAUGGAUUCCAGCAAGUAUGUCAGAUAUACGCCUGAGCAGGUUGAGGCUUUGGAGAGGGUUUACUCUGAAUGCCCCAAGCCAAGUUCCAUGAGAAGGCAACAACUGAUUAGAGAGUGUCCUAUACUCUCCAACAUUGAGCCUAAACAGAUCAAAGUUUGGUUCCAGAAUCGAAGAUGCCGUGAAAAGCAAAGAAAGGAAGCAUCCCGUCUCCAGACGGUGAACAGGAAGCUGACUGCUAUGAACAAGCUUUUGAUGGAGGAGAAUGACCGACUUCAGAAGCAGGUCUCCCACUUGGUGUAUGAGAAUGGUUUCAUGCGGCAGCAACUGCAGAAUGCACCUGUGGCGACCACAGACACGAGCUGUGAGUCUGUGGUCACGAGUGGUCAGCACCAACAGCAGCAAAACCCAACAACUCAGCAUCCACAAAGAGAUGCUAACAACCCAGCGAGUCUUCUCGCUAUAGCAGAGGAGACCCUGGCAGAGUUCCUUUCCAAGGCUACUGGAACUGCUGUCGACUGGGUCCAGAUGCUUGGGAUGAAGCCUGGUCCGGAUUCUAUAGGAAUCAUUGCUGUUUCCCACAACUGUAGUGGGGUUGCAGCACGAGCUUGCGGUCUUGUGAGUUUAGAGCCCACAAAGGUCGCUGAGAUCCUCAAAGAUCGUCCAUCUUGGUUUCGUGAUUGCCGUUGCCUUGAUGUCUUGUCUACAAUCCCUGCUGGAAAUGGUGGGACUUUAGAGCUUAUAUACAUGCAGACAUAUGCACCGACCACAUUGGCAGCGCCACGCGACUUUUGGACGCUGAGAUAUACGACGGGUUUGGAAGAUGGCAGUCUUGUGGUCUGUGAGAGAUCGUUGACGCCUUCUACUGGUGGUCCAACGGGGCCAUCUUCAAACUUUGUCAGAGGCGAGAUGCUUCCCAGUGGCUACCUCAUCCGGCCUUGUGAGGGUGGUGGCUCUAUAAUUCACAUCGUUGAUCAUGUUGACUUGGAUGCAUGGAGUGUGCCUGAAGUUCUCCGUCCGCUAUACGAAUCAUCAAAAAUUAUUGCCCAGAAAAUUACAAUUGCUGCAUUGCGGCACAUUCGGCAGAUUGCACAGGAGGCCAGUGGUGAAGUUCAGUAUGGUGGGGGCCGCCAACCUGCUGUAUUACGGUCGUUUAGUCAGAGAUUGUGCAGGGGAUUCAAUGAUGCUAUUAAUGGGUUUGCGGAUGAUGGUUGGUCACUGCUCAGUAGUGAUGGUGUGGAAGAUGUUACUAUUAUGAUAAACUCGUCUCCUAGCAAGCUUUUUGGUAACCAUGUUAAUGCUUCAACAAUGUUCUCAACUUUAGGAGGUGGGGUUCUAUGUGCUAAGGCAUCAAUGCUAUUGCAGAACGUUCCCCCUGCAUUACUUGUUCGUUUUCUGAGGGAGCAUCGUUCCGAAUGGGCUGAUUGUGGAGUUGAUGCUUAUUCUGCUGCAUCUCUUAAAGCUAGCCCUUAUUCAAUUCUCGGAGCAAGACCUGGUGGUUUCCCCAGUAGCCAGGUCAUAUUGCCUCUGGCCCAUACAGUGGAACAUGAGGAGUUCUUGGAGGUGAUUAGGCUGGAAGGACAUGGAUUUUCCCCGGAAGAUGCAGUUUUGUCACGGGAUAUGUUUCUAUUACAGCUUUGUAGUGGGGUUGAUGAAAAUGCAGCUGGUGCCUGUGCUCAGCUUGUCUUUGCACCCAUUGAUGAAUCCUUUGGAGAUGAUGCUCCUUUGCUGCCAUCAGGUUUUCGAGUCAUACCAUUGGAUCCUAAAACAGAUGGGCCUGCAGCAACUAGAACGCUUGACUUGGCCUCCACACUGGAAGUUGGACCUGGUGGAGCCCGUUCUUCUGGUGAAACUGCAUCAAACAGCUAUAACCUGAGAUCAGUAUUAACUAUUGCAUUCCAGUUCACCUUUGAGAACCAUUUCCGAGAAAAUGUGGCAGCUAUGGCUCGUCAGUAUGUACGGAGUGUUGUCGGAUCUGUUCAGAGGGUUGCCAUGGCUAUUGCCCCAUCUCGUCUAGGCUCCCACAUUGGGCCAAAACCACCUCCUGGGUCUCCUGAGGCUCUUACAUUGGCCAGAUGGAUUUGCAGGAGCUACAGGUUCCACACUGGAGUAGAUCUCCUUCAGGUUGACUCCCAAGCUGGUGAUGCUGUCUUGAAACUACUGUGGCACCAUUCCGAUGCAAUCAUGUGCUGUUCUUUGAAGACAAAUGCAUCUCCGAUUUUCACCUUUGCAAACCAGGCGGGGCUUGACAUGCUUGAGACAACACUUGUGGCCCUUCAAGACAUAAUGCUUGACAAGAUUCUUAACGAUGCUGGUCGUAAGAUGUUGUGCUCUGAAUUCUCCAAGAUCAUGCAACAGGGCUUCGCAUAUCUGCCAGCAGGGAUCUGUGUGUCUAGCAUGGGGAGGCCAGUUUCUUAUGAGCAGGCAAUUGCUUGGAUGGUAUUGAAUGAGGAGGAUUCACAUCAUUGCCUAGCGUUCAUGUUCAUGAAUUGGUCUUUUGUUUGAAGAACCAAUCCAAUAGUUUAUUUAGUUUGAAUGUACUUAGUAAACUCUUUUAGCUAUACUUUGCUUGAGAAAACAUGUUAUGGUAACAUGAAGUGAUGGCAGUAUUGUUUUUACUAUGGAACCUUAGCGUCAACAUUUCCAUAUAAUUAUUAAGUUAUGUUUGAUGGUUA